AUGGCCGCGUCUGUCUCUUCACGCCGCCGCAGCCCAUGGACGGAUCUCCACUCGGAGCUGAUCGGCCUCGUCCUCCUGCGGCUGCCGUCGCACGCCGACCGCGUCCGCCUCGCUGCGGUCUGCCGCGCGUGGCGCUCCAGCGCGCGGCUGCAGCAUCCGCUGCCACCGCUGCUCCCCUGGCUAGCUCUCCCCGACGGCACCUUCCUCAGCCUCCCCGACGGCGCGAUCCACCACUUGCCCGUCCCGGACGACGUCUCCUGGCGAGUCUCCACCGGCGACACGCUCCUGCUCGUGCACGGCGACGGCCGGUGCUCUCUGACGAGCCCUUCCCCCGCCGUGACCACCCCCGUCGCUCUCCCUCAGCCACCGUUCUGGUUCCGAAGAAACUCACGCGCCAACCACGUUCUGAAUAGCAUCCACAAGGCCGUGGUUUCCGAUGACCUCAUCGCCGUUCUCAAGUCAAGGUGCCUCCACAACGUCUUCGUCUCUACUCGCGGGCACGGGCCGCCAUCAUGGCGGCAGAAGUGGGCGCCGCCUUCGGGCACCUUCACCGCCGACAUUGCCCUCUUUAAAGGGAAACCAUACGUCCUCACGACAAAAGAGGAGCUGCAUGUCCUGGACGCCGCCGAUCAGCAGCCAUCCAGCACGCUGCCGGUUGUCAAAACCCUAUGCAAACUCGGGCCCCCGAGGGAUGAUGAGGACUUCGGGCAUCCAUGGUUUAAUCCUUUCGACGCAUGGCACUACCUCGUCGUGUCCGGUGAUCAGCUGCUGAUGGUGAAACGGAUAAUCCAUAUACUCCUACCUCUGAUAUUACCGGCAGACAUUAGGAUAGAGAAGCGGACUCACCGGUUUGAGGUCUUUGAAGCGCUCUUCCCCAGUGAUGGUUGUGGAUGGUGGAGAGAAGUCGAUACGCUGACGGGGCGAGCGCUCUUUGUUAGUCAAGGUUGUUCCGAGUCUCUUCCAGCCACUUUUGGCGCCCAGUGUGGUGUCAUCGGAGCUCGAGAAGAUUGCAUCUACUUUGUGACGGAGCGCGACACGAGGUACCACCAGGAGAGGACUCCUCAGAACCCAUUCCUUGACUCCGGCGUGUACAACAUGAGAGAUUGA